AUGCCCAUUAUAAAGACGUUCAAAAAGGAGCAGAAUAUUGGAUACAAAUUCUUGAAGAAUGAAUGGGGGUAUCUAGAUCAUUCGCGUGAUCCGGAACAACCGGCUGGAAUUCUUGAAGGUGGUCCCCAAAACUACGACGGAAAGGGACUGGAAAUUAGCCAUGGAAAGGAUCGUCAUAGAACCGAAACAUUUCCAUAUCCUCUUGAUCAUGGUUAUAGAUGGAGACAAAGAGGAAGACCCGGUGCAAUAACCUUUUUUAUAAAUCCAGAUGCUUAUCAAAGUUGCGCAAUUAAUGAAACAGAUUUAGACUUGGAAAGGAGGCAAUGGGGAUCCUGGCAUCAGCCUGCUUAUACCAGAAUGCCAUACAUUUUAUCUGCAUGGAAGUCCUCCAUAAAGCACCAAAAUGCUGAAGAGGUUCCAUAUCCCUGGUUAACUAGAUGGGAUGUAUUUGAAAGAACUCCAGUUUAUCAAAAACCUCCUCCUGAAUUCAUAAUGAAUCCAGAUAUGGAUCUAAAACUUGCAGCGGUAAAUCGUUUUGCGGGUUACAUGCCCAGAACUUAUGAACGUGUGGAAGAGGAACUCGUAAAACAAAAGAAGCUAAUACGCGAAUGGGAUCGUCUGGAAGCAUUAUACAACGAAACAAAUGAUCAGGAAACACUCAAUAGGAUGAAUCAGAUUAAAAAGAUUCUAUUUAAUCCUCCGGAAUUCGAAAAAACUGAUUCUCCUGUUCUAAAGGCUGUUGCAGAGGCUGCGCUGAUAAGAGCUAGAAAUAUGUUGAGAGAUCAGGCCAACUAUAAACCCACUGAUCCAGAGUAUAUUGAAUAUCAUUUACGAAAGUCACGUCCCCUUGGGUCGGACCUGGCAGGAGAUAGCAACUACACUGGAGAAGAACGGACCGUAGUACUCAAUUUGAUAAGUUAUCAUCCAAUAGGAAAAACAUUUAGACGAUACACAAGUAUAGAGGAAAUGGCUGAAGCUUACCACAUUUAUCUAACAGAAGCUAGAAGGGAGGGAAGAAAUCAUGUCAUGACCAAGGCUGGAGUACACCCAGAGUACCAGGAGUAUCUUCUUAGAAAUGAUAGAAGGAAAUUCCCGGCAAUACAGGCCAAUUAUGCCCCAAUAUGGGCUCAUCGCAAAUUCGGUCCAGAAUUCGGAGAUGCUAUUCGCGAUUCACAAAAGCUUCCAGAAAAUGCCCUUUCACGAUUUGGCACUAAGCUCAAAAAGCGGAAGCGCCGCUUAAAUAAACAUGACCGAAGCGUAAAUUACGUCGACGACUACCAUUGCUUUGAACAAGAAUACAACUAUUAA